AUGAGAAACCAUGUGAGAAAAAUUGAUAAUAGCUUUAUCCAAAGUCAUGUUAUUGACGAGGCAAUGCAAUAUGGUAUUAGUCAGAGCGAUUACAUUUACACAAAUCAAGUAAAAUUAUACGCAACUGAUUAUAUCGUACAAAAAUGGAUUAACAAAGUGAAAAAAGAUGAGGGAUACAAUAGCGAGCGUUCUAUGACUUUUUCUCCACCACCAUCGUUCAGCAGUUUAUAUGAACAGGAAAAUCUAUCAUUAGUCUCGCCCUUGUCCCCGCCAGCACAAGAGAGCUACCUCGAGAACAACCAGGAAGGCUUUUCGGAAAACGAUGGACCAUUUGGACCACAAUAUAAUUAA